AUGGAGGAAACCAUCAAGAACUCUAAAGAACUCUGGAAAUGCGCCAAGGAAACACUGAGCCUCAAGAAAUUGAACAAAAAAUCUUCCAAAUUAGCUGCUCGGGAUGCAAUCAAUCUCAAAUUCUCUGAGCAAGUAUUCAAGUUUGAAGCGGAGAAAAUUGGACUACUUCAAAGAGAGGAAGAACUACCUCCUGAAAUCGAGCAAUCGAUUCCUCAGAAAUUGUUGGAUAUGGAAGAGAAUGAAUCUAAAAGAUUGUUCAAUCCCUUCUUGGAGUUAAAAGGUUUUGACAUGAGACUUCAUGAAGACAUCAGACGAAACGCAAAAGGAUGA